AUGUUCGCGACCACAAGUCUCGUCCUGUGGGGCGUUGCGUUCGCGCUGUUGCUUUACCGUUUACUCCGGCCGUUGGUCAAACGGCCGGGGAAAAACUUCCCGCCCGGUCCCAUCGCUCGCUUUCCGAUGCUGGGUGAUUACGGGUUGCUGCUGUUGAUCAACUAUCGUCACCUGCACAAGGCUGCCGCCGCAUUGGGUGACUUCUACCGCACGAAGAUCCUUGGCAUCUCACUUUCUACAUACCCUACGAUCAUCGUCAACGAUCUGGCCAUGGUGCGCGAGGUGCUCAACCGGAAGGAGUUCGACGGACGACCUGAUCUGUACCUGGCGCGUCUGCGUGACCAAAACUUUAACCGGCGGGGCAUCUUCUUCACGGAUGGGCCGAGCUGGAAGGAGCAGCGCUGGUUCAUCUUGCGUUAUCUGCGCGAUUACGGAUUCGGGCGACGGUUCCCACAACACGAAGCGGAAGUGAACAGUGAACUCCUCGGACUGAUUGACCUUCUGCGGUAUGGUCCGAAACACCGCCACGAGGAAGCGAUCAUGCAUGACGGUUACGCCAAGUGUCCUAACGUGUUCUUCAGUUGCUUCGCAAACUCAUUCCUGCAGAUCGUUUCCGGGGAGCGUUUGUCCCGCGAGGAAACAGGCGUCCUAUUUGAAACGGGCUCGCAGGCCAUGAUAUUCCAGCGGAUGGGAGACGAUUAUGGCACGAUCCUCAGCUAUUUCCCGUGGCUGCGUUAUAUCUAUCCGUUUUCGAGCAUGUUCAAAAAGAUCCGCGACGCAAGCCUCAACGUGAAUGGCUUCAUCGAAACGAUCAUUAACAAAUAUUUGGGCACGUACGACGAGAACCAUGUGCGGUGCUUCCUGGAUCUCUAUUUCAGAGAAAUGAACAAAUGCACCCCACAGGAUCCAGACUUUACUUUCCAGUUCGAUCAGCUAGUGCUUGGUUUGGUUGAUUUCUUCUUUCCCGCCAUCUCUGGUGCCACGUCGCAGAUCGCGCUACUGCUGGAGCGCCUGCUGCAUAACCCGCAUUGCAUCGAGCGGAUGCAGCGCGAAAUUGAUGAGGUUGUCGGACACGGACGGCUACCCACGUUAGACGAUCGUGGCGAGUUGGCGUAUACCGAGGCUACGCUGCGAGAAGGCAUGCGUAUCGACACGCUCGUUCCAUCGGGAAUCGCCCAUCGUGCACAACAGGAUACCACUUUUCGUGGGUAUGACCUGCCCAAGGAUACAUUCGUUCUCCUCGGCCUGGAUGCGGCUCACAACCAGAAGGAGCACUGGGGUGAUCCCGAGUGUUUCCGUCCGGAACGGUUUCUCGAUGAAAAUGGAAAGCUGUGCCUGUCAAAGGACAUUUCACUUCCGUUCGGAGCCGGAAAGCGAUUGUGUGCCGGUGAGACGUUCGCCAGAAACAUCAUGUUCCUGACGCUGGCUGCGCUGAUGCAAAACUUCAACAUACGUCAACCUCCGAAUGCGCGAUUGCCUGAUCUAACAAAACGGCAUACGGGUGUUAUCAUCUCACCGAACGAUUACUGGUUGAAAUUUGAGCCUAGAGAGGUGUAGUAGCAUGGUUUGCAAAGAUCCAUUAGCGUCAGGAAGUGCUUAUUCUGCAAAAAUCUAGUUU